AUGAGAAUCCGCGAAAAGCCUUGGCAAGCAGUCCUGCUGACAGCGGUCAACUGCUACAGCGUGAAGGCUGCUACUCGUGUGCAAGAUGCCUUUGCAGCCGCAAAGCUCCUGGCCCUCACCUUGAUCAUCAUCCUUGGCUUCGUGCAGCUCGGGAAGGGUGAUGUCCACAACCUCAGCCCUGAAUAUUCCUUUGAUGGCACCAACACAAAGGUCGGCAACAUUGUUCUGGCCUUGUACAGCGGCCUCUUUGCCUAUGGAGGAUGGAAUUACUUGAACUUUGUCACAGAAGAGAUGAUUAACCCUUAUAGAAACCUCCCUCUGGCCAUCAUCAUUUCGUUGCCCAUCGUCACCUUGGUCUACGUGCUGACCAACCUGGCUUACUUCACCACCUUGACCGUCAACGAGAUGCUGGUGUCAGAAGCCGUUGCCGUGGAUUUUGGAAAUUACCACCUGGGUGUCAUGUCUUGGAUUAUCCCCGUGUUUGUGGGCUUGUCCUGCUUUGGCUCCGUCAACGGUUCCCUUUUCACUUCGUCCCGGCUUUUCUUCGUAGGUGCUCGGGAAGGCCACCUGCCUUCUGUCCUGUCCAUGAUCCACCCCCGGCUACUCACCCCCGUGCCCUCCCUUGUCUUCACGUGCAUCAUGACUUUGCUCUACGCCUUCUCCAACGACAUCUUCUCCGUGAUCAACUUCUUCAGCUUCUUCAACUGGCUCUGUGUGGCCCUGGCCAUCAUCGGCAUGAUGUGGCUCCGUUACAAGAAACCGGAGCUGGAGAGGCCCAUCAAGGUUAAUAUCUUGUUGCCCGUUUUCUUCAUCCUUGCGUGCAACUUCCUCAUUGUUGUCUCCUUCUGGAUGACCCCGAAAGAGUGUGCCAUCGGCUUCGCCAUCAUCUUCAGCGGAGUCCCAGUUUACCUGAUCGGGGUCUGGUGGAAAAACAAACCUAAGUGGCUUCUGCAAAGCAUCUAUUCCACCACAGUCCUGUUCCAGAAGCUGAUGGAAGUGGUUCCUCAACAGUCUUAAGAAGGAGGCAAAUCCAUUGAUCUUUAGUUUAAGCCAACGCACAACAUUGUUUUUGAAACUUACGUAUGUCUGAUUCCUCCCUGGAAAAACGGAAACUGCAGAGACAGCCCAGAGACCUCUUGGGACCUCUGCCCACCUCUAAUCCUGCUGAGGCCUUCUCCAACUCAGAUCAUGGCAAUUGAGAAGGUGCUGGAGGAAAAGACGAUCCCAGGUGCAAAUUUUAAAAUUGGGAAGAGGAGGUCGCUUAGAAGAGAAGAGAGGCCUCCACCCAAAUCGAGAAAAUGUGGAAGCCCACAAGGACAUUUUGUUUACAUGCUCAACUAGGGACUUCAUUUAGUUUCUCCACCAGCUGUCCCAACGUUGGCAGAAAAAGAG